CCAACUCUCCCAUCCCACCAUAUACACUUUCUUCUUUGGUUCAGAUCUGAAUUAUAUAUAUCCCUCAAUUAAUCCGUUGCAACCAUCAUGGCUGAGGAGAAGCACCACCACCUCUUCCACCACAACAAGGAUGAGGAUAAGUUUGUAGAGUCUGGUUAUGCUGAGGAGGUUGACUACAAGAAGGAGGAGAAGCACCACAAGCAUCUUGAGCAACUUGGAGAAGUUGGUGCUGCGGCUGCUGGUGCUUAUGCCUUGCAUGAGAAGCACAAGGAAAAGAAAGACCCAGAACAUGCUCACAGGCACAAGAUAGAAGAGGAGGUUGCAGCGGCAGCCGCAGUCGGAGCCGGUGGUUUUGCCUUCCAUGAACACCACGAGAAAAAGGAAGCUAAGAAGGAAGAUGAGGAAGCUCAUGGAAAGAAGCACCACCAUCUGUUUGGCUAAACAUGAUAAAUAUUAUCAAGCUCAGAAGUAUCACCACUUGUAUAUUAUUUAUCUUCCAAUUCCAGUUUACUAUGUGCCAUCGGCUGGGUGUUUCUAAAUAACUUUUAGCGUGUUUGGAGAGUGUUUAAUUCUCUAUCGUUGCUUCAUGUAUUUGCAAAUAUAUAUAUAGUGUGUGUUAUAUUAUGUUGAAUAUAUUUAUAUAUUUAUAUAUAUAUAUAUAUAUAUAUUGAUAGGUGAUUUGAGAUUAUCUUAUUUAUCAUUUUCUGCUA